CCAAACCAGCGCACCUUGGCCCUUAAAUGAAAGGCAAAAACCGGCGGCCGCAGCCUCUCCCACCUCUGUGCCCUUUUCGGGAGUCCGCGUCAGCCCCAGAAGGACCAUGCCUUGCCCUGUGAGCAGCACAGCUUCGACUGCGGACACACAGACACACAUACAACACCUGAGCAAGGGCAGGACAUGGACAACCAGGGAGAGCAGGACCUGGCCGACCGCGGAUGCGCCCAGCCACAGAGGUGGGUGUGUCGGCAUCGCGAUGCAACUCAAUCCUGCUCGAUUCCCUUAGCGACUCAUACUUAGAGGGCAAUUACCAGGCUGGCCUGGCGCUUGCAGCAAUUGAAUCUGUGCUGGGUGCAGGAAUUAGAAGAGGGGCUCUGGCAUACAACCUACCCCCCCCCCAAAAAACUCAUAACACUUGAGCAAGUUAUGUGUGGUCUAGAUGCUUCACACACAGCAUAAGAAUCAGAGUCCCUCUCUGUAGGGCCAUGUCAACCCAUCUUUCAGGAGUUUUUUCAAGUUUGAAAACAGGAAUUGAACCAAGGGUGGGGGAUCUGUGGCCCUCCAGAGGUUGCUGUGCCAAGCCAACAUUUGAUCGCAUCAUGACUGAAGACAUGAAAACUCUAUUUAAAAGGCAGACAUCCACGUUGAAAAGGAAAUCAGCGUUGAUUCAGAACAGGUAUCUGCCCUCAUUUGAAGUAGAAAGUUCCUGAGAAGCCAGACUCACUUCUGCAGCGGAAAAAAAAGCGACACUCAGCACUGUUUGUAGGCACAAACUUGCCUAAGUAAGCCAUGAAAUAAAAUGCAUAGAAUACUUGUCACGCACUAAGCUGCGUAUCUUUUGUGCAGAAAUGCCAAGCUAAUUUGUAUGUAUAAAACUGUUUGCAAUUAUGCAGAUUAUUAAAAUAAGUUGUGUGUUUGUGAUGAAGGUUAGAAGCAGGGGACAGGAAAAGCUGCUUGCACCUGGGAACCUAUUUGGAGCACGUUGAGUUUCAUGUGCCUGUUUUCUCUCAGCUUAUCUGCUAAUUUGCUUUGGUUUGUGGUAGCCAAGAGCUGACACAUGGUGAGAUUUGGAAAACCGCAAUAACCACACUAGCAAAGUCAAUGUUCUUUUUCAAACUGAGACAGAAGAACAAAGGCUUCAACGUGUAGGUUUUAUUUGCAUGCGUAACAGACUUUCAGGCAAGGUGCUUUAGAAAAUACCUUAUAUGUGUUUUCAGCACUUGGAAAACAUCUCUCAUUUUCUGCAGAUUUUAAUAACCACGGCAAAAGGUAUCACACUGAGCAGGAAGCUAUUCAUAAAUGGAAUAAAAUAAAUAAGAUCAACAGUCCAGGCACUUUGGUCCCAGGGUGAAGGGCAGGAAAUAGACAACAACAACAACAACAACAACAACAACAACAACAACUGAAAGCUUCUUCUGUAUGUAGAUCACCUUGACUGCACUGGAGGAAAAAGAGACUUUCUGUUCAUCCAACUGAACUGUCACUGCCAUUGCUACAAGUCUUCUCUGGUCAAAAGAAAGACAGAGCACCAUAAUGAGCGGGGAAGAAACAACCAUCGCAGAUUAUUCCGAUUUGUAUGCUGAGAUUGCAAUGCCGUGUGACAAGGAUGAAGUCAGAAACUUUACGAAAGCCUUUCUUCCCAUUGCUUACUCCCUGAUCGGUGUCCUGGGGUUUGUGGGAAAUAUGUUUGUAGUGAUGACAUUUGUUUUGUAUAAGAGGUCUGACUCUAUAACUGAUGUCUGCCUCUGCAAUAUGGCCAUUGUAGACAUAUUGUUUGUUCUUACUCUUCCUUUCUGGGCAGUAAACUACGCUCUGGACAACUGGAUUUUUGGGGAUAUCCUCUGCAAGCUCACCAAAGGUAUCUAUGCCAUUAACUUCAACUGUGGCAUGUUGCUCUUGGCCUGCAUAAGCAUAGACAGGUAUGUUGCCAUUGUGCAGGCCAUAAAGUCAUUUAAACUUCGGGCAAGGUGUCUAGCCCACAGUAAAGUGAUCUGCUUGGCUGUUUGGGUCUCCUCUAUGUUAAUCUCAAGUGCUACUUUCAUGUUCAGUGAAAGCUACGCACUUCCAGGCAAUGCAACCACAUACAUUUGUGACCACAAAUCCAGUGCAAAUUCCAAUGUACAACUGAAAUUGCUGAUAUUAAGUUUCCAGCUUUUAUUUGGAUUUUUUGUCCCUCUGCUGUUCAUGGUUUUUUGCUACACCUUCAUUGUCAAAACCUUAGUGCAGGCUCAGAAUUCCAAAAGAAGCAAAGCCAUCCGUGUGAUUAUCUCUAUCGUGGUUGUUUUUCUGCUGUGCCAAGUUCCGUACAAUAUGGUUCUCCUGGUGACGGCAGAAUCUAUGGGGAAACUGGACAAAGCUUGCCAGAGUGAGAAGCAAUUGGCUUACGCAAAAUAUGUAACAGAAACUCUGGCUUUCCUGCACUGUGGUAUGAACCCUGUGCUGUAUGCAUUCAUUGGUGUGAAGUUCAGGAACUACUUUGUGAAAAUAAUCACAAGCCUGUGCUGUGUGAGACAUAUGAACUGUGGAACUACCCUUGGUUCAAAGAUAAGUUCCGAUACUGUCCACUCCAGACAGACAAGUGAAGUUUGUGAAUGACAGAAUGGAUUAUUGUGUAUAUACAACAUCGUUUUUCUCGGGUAGAAUCAUUAUUCAGGCCUCACACAGAUAUGCUGGCUUCUUUAUACUGCUCAAAUCAGUUCACUUAAUACAUCAUGCCCGUAUAAGCUUCUGCCACAGAAAACUGGUCAGUUUCAAAGGUAGCUAAUAGCUCUUUACACAUUUCAAAUAAAGCCAGUCUCUCUGUUCCCAUAGUGGGACCAGGUUUCCGGGUGUUUGCAUGCAUACCUCUUCUCUUCAGACAUACCAGAAAAACACAAGAUUGCCAUCUUCUGGAAAUGCAGGGACUCUUUCUUCCUUUAAUGGGUGCAGCCGGCUCCUGUGUUGGUUUUGUUAUAGUUCCACUUCAGCUAUUGAUAUUAAAAGAAUUAUCGAAAGUGUGCUGUUAUGGUUUGCCCCACUGCUUUCUUGAAUUGGCUAAGUUGUUAGCAAUGGCACCUGUUGACCACUGGGAAUAGGCUUCUCUUUUGCUGAUUGAAAUAGGCUUGGGUUCCCCUCUCUGGCCCGUAAUAGGGUUUUUAGAAUUAUCAUUUUAAUUAAUUUUAUCAUAUGUAGUCAAAAAUGCAAAAACUAAAGGUAAUAAGGGGGCAAAAGAUAAAGGACCCAUUCAAGAAGAUAUAGGAAGUUUUUUAUUGAUUGGUCAAGUGUAAAGGAUAAUGACUGCCCUCCAUCCCUGAUAUACCAGACUAUAGACAUUGGGAGUUAUUUCUCUCUUUAUCUUGAAACCCUGUGAAGAAAAACGCUGCAAAUGAACUUUAAAGGAGAAAAUGUUUAAGAUUAUCAGUAUACAUAGUGACCGUGGUGCCUUAGACUUGUUAAUACUCUUCCUUUGCGCCUGUUUUUUUAUGCUUGAUUUUCAAUUUGUAUUUUAAAAAAAGUGAAUAAAGAAAUAAAUGAUAAAAACAAGGUGAAGGUACAUUAUUUUUUAAGUUUUAUCUGAUGAGUUGAUACCUUCAAAUUCUGAAUUUUAGAUCUAAACUUUCCUUGAUUUCUCAUUAGUCUGUUAUAAAUAAAAAAUCAAGUUAGAUGUGUACCCGUUUAAAAUCCUGUUUCAUUUCCUUGUAGCUGAAACUGUUGCUCACACCAAAAUAGCUCAUCCCUGGGC